GCGAUUCCAGUUUCCACAAAAAAUUGCAAUCUUUAAGAUAUCAGCUAUAAAAGUAAAAGCUAAUCAAGAGGCCGGUCUCUGUGAACGUUCAAGCUAAUAGAAAUCUUCAGCCACUUAGUAUACCUUGCAAAACAAUAGAUUCCAUCUCUCCCCUCAUAAUACGCCUGGGACAAGAUGAACCCAACUACCUGCUUACUUGUUAAGAUCUCCAUCUUGGUUGCUUUAUCAUGCCAAGUCCUCGCAUCUGAACAUUUCGGAGGCGGUGAACUGCGUAGUAAACUCGAAGCCCUCCAUGGCCCAACCCGAAAACUUCGCCGUCGGCAAGUCGAACUAGCUGGGGCAAAUGACGCUGCUACCAAAACUGACCCGGCUAAAGCGGCUGCUGCAGCAACGGACACCAAGACCGAGAUUAAGGCGGAUCCCAAGGCGGAUGCUAAGGGUGAUGUCACCCUGAAAUCAGAUGCAGGAAAGGAUGGUGAUAAGAAGGAACAAAACGGCUCCAAGGAGGAACAGUUAGCCACUAAACUGUUCGAGGGAAUCAUCGAGAUGGGAAUCGGCUUGGAAGCGGUGACCAACUUGGGAAGCAGCACGAAAGAAAUCCUCGACGAGAGCAAAAAAGUCACCCAGGUCGUCCCGAAACUGAAGACUCUGACAACUGACCUCCUCGCCGCCGUUCCUAAGAAAUCCGACGAGCUCAGCAAGUCCGUUGAAGAGUCCAACCAAGCCGGAGAAGCUAUCACUAAAUCCCUCGCUGUCAUAGAGGCAAAAGUCGAUGAUGCCAACACAAUCAAAAGUGAAUACAAAAACUUGGAGAAAUCAUUCAUUCAAAUCCUGAGCGCUUCUGACGGUGUAGCAGUUGCAGCGAUCCCCAAAUUGGCCGAAUUAGCCAAACAACAACAGGGUGCUGGCAAUCCGAGAGGAAAGGCCGAUGAUGGCAAGACAGCUGGCGAUGUGCAAGCUAAAGCCGGGCAACCGGCAGUUGCGGAGGUCGCAUUGGAGAAGAAAGACGAGGGAAAGAAGGCGGCUGAAGAGCAGGACGCUGCUGCCCAAAAGGCUCUUGCCGAGAAAAAGGCCGAAGAUGCUAAGGCUCCAGUCGAGCAAAAACCUGCCGAGCAAAAACCUGCCGAGCAGAAACCUGCCGAACUCAAGACUGAAGACAAACCGCCUGCUGCAACCGCCGCCGAACCUAAGGCACCUGAGCCAAUUGACACCGGGGUGGUUGUUCCUGGCCAGUGAUUCGUUUUGAGUAGAAGAGCGUAUUUCUCAAAAGUUCUUGAGCGGACUUGAAUAUUAUUCUCUCUUACAUAUCUCUUUCUUGAAUCUGCAUAUUAUUGGAUGGCUCAUGAUCAAACAUCACUGUAAUUAGAAUAAAUUAAGCCUGAGGCUGCUCUCUAUGUUGUUGGUAUAUGUAUACUUUUUUGCCUCAAAAAUUAAAAUCAAUCAGUUUCAAAUUUCAAGAAACAUUGUAUCA